AUGGCCGAUUGCGAUUAUGCCAGGUUUACGACGCGAUCAGGACGGGCCUAUGCCCUCUGUCGAAAGGUGGCCGUGUACGCCCUACAACUGCCUGCUGCGAUUCUAGCCGCAAUGCAACAGGAGGCCGCUACGGAUGUCUGCUUUGCAUCCGAGCAGUCCUUCACGCCUGUUCCCGCCGUGUGCAUACACAGGCGCGCUGAUUCUGGCGACGAACUCCCCUACUCCAGCCCAUCCGAGUCGACCGAGGCUUUGCAGCUCAACCCGUCGGCAUGCGAUCCGUCGUCGACGUCGAAGAAACGCAAGAGAGUGGUUGACGAACCUCCUUAUUCCAGCCCGUCCGAUUCAACCGAGGCAUCGCAGGUCAAUCCGUCGGCAUGCGAUCCGUCGUCGACAUCGAAGAAACGCAAGAGAGCAGCCGGGGUGCCUCUGAGUCGUCAUCUUCGCAGCAUCCGGAGAGAAGAGGAGUUUGCGGCACACGGACACGGCGCAAACGACAAACGGCGAUCAAAGAUAGCCACGCAGGCCGCCGUUGAGGGCACAGAUCUGGGGCUGAAGGAGCUGCCGGCCGCCAAUGGGGCAUACGAGGCACGCAGGGAGGAGGAGUGUGAGGGUAGAGCCUACACCCUUGAUGAGGCCAAGGCGCUAGGGCUCAAAGUCUUUCACUGGGAUGGCAGGCAGCCCGUCGCAUUUGUUGCUCCGGACGAUACGGUUUUCAUGGUGCUUGCAGGUCGCCCCAACGAUGCCGAUUACGACGCCGCUGCAUCCCGUGUCUAUGAGGCCUUCAGAAAAGAAUCCGAUAGCGUCCAGUUUACCGGCAAAUACGCCGGCAGUCGACGCGGUGUGUUUUCCGUCAUUAACGUUGGCGUAUCGCGAGGACAGGGGCUGGCAGAGCCCGUCUAUUUAGGAUGUCACUCUCAUGAAAAGCUGGUCUCCGCACUUCUAAAAAAUAAGGAUGUGCAAAGGAUGGCAUCCUAUGCAAGUGCUGCAUUUGCAACAUGGGCACCCCGCACAUACAACUAUUACAAGACACAACUCGACAAACUCUUCCACCAUAUGAAUCACCUUCCCCGCAUCUUUCGCAGAAGCAUAUUUCCUGCCGCCGCCUUCAAUCUCGGCCCCUCUGUAGUCACCUUUCGACACCGAGAUAUGAAGAACUGCCCGUUUGGUAUGUGCUCGAUUCAGGCUUUGGGAAAAUUCGACCCGACUAAGGGUGGUCACCUUAUUGUAUGGGAGCUUGGGUUGAUCAUCAAGUUUCCGGCUGGUUCGACCAUUCUCUUGCCCUCGGCCACACUCAGCCACUCCAAUGUGACGAUUGGCAAGGAUGAAGAGAGGGCAUCCUUUACCCAGUUUUGCCACGGCGGUCUUUUUCGUUGGGUUGACUAUGGUUUCCAAACAGAAAAAAGCCUUUGCGAGUCCAACCCCACUUUGUAUGCAGAGGUCUGCCGUCUUCGACCCCAAAGAUGGCAAGUAGGACUUAAUCUGCUCAGUACAUUGGAUGAAUUGAAGUGUGGAGGCUUUGAUUCAGGUGUAUAA